GGAGGGGUUGGAGAGAGUGACGCUGGCUGCGCCUUGGUGCUGAGCGGAGCGCUCACCUGCAGAUGAGAGAGCCGGGGAAACUCGGGACAGAGCUGCAGCACACUCGCGGAGCGCAAACACGGACCUAACGCACAGUCUGCCAGAGGAAGAGAGCGGGAAUAAAACAAAUCUCCGGAGGAGAAUCAAAGCGAACCCUGUCUCUGGUUUCCUCGUCCAGGCAGAAGCCCUGACGCGCGCACACGCCACCAUGAGAACUGACUUGGCUCUGGUCCUGACAGCAGCCCUUCUUCUCGACACAUUCUGGAGGAGUAAUGGGGAGCAUGUUGCCAAAGGUCCCUGCCGACCGGGCUUCUCUCAAAGCUUCUACUCUGUGCUGAUUUCAAAGGAUGUAUUGCAAGGCCAGGGCAUACGUAAAGAUACCACAGUAUCAUCACAAAAAGUGAAGUUUGAUGACUGCAUGGGGAACGAGGCGGUGGUUUUCCACAGCAGCAACCCCGUCUUCACCGUGCGGACAGAUGGGUCCAUCUUCGCCCAGGGAGACGGCGCUAGCCUGGAAGAACCGGUCCAGUUUAAACUGACAGCAAGUGGCCCACAGACACACGUCUGGGAGACUGUGGUGCAGCUGGCACUGAUUGACCCGCCAACAACUCAACAAAAUGAAAAUGAGGUCACAAAGGAAGACGGGAAAGACACCGCGAGAGACGAGAAGAGCGACGCGUUCCAAGCGCCGCCUCUCGUCAUCAAGUUCUCUGGGUCUGGCGUGAACGGCUCCAGGGGGCUACGGAGGCAGAAGAGGGACUGGGUGAUCCCACCAAUCAACGUGGCGGAAAACUCCCGAGGACCAUUCCCUCAGAUGCUCGUCAGCAUUCGUUCAGACCAGGACCAGGACAUCUCAAUCCGGUACAGCAUCACUGGGGUGGGAGCAGAUCAACCGCCCAAUGAGGUGUUCAAUAUCGACCCGGUGCUCGGGAAGAUGUUUGUCACCAAACCUCUUGAUCGAGAACAUCGCUCUUCGUACCACUUGCGCGCCCAUGCCGUGGACAUGAACGGGAACCAGGUUGAGAACCCCAUCGACCUGUACAUCUUCGUCAUCGACAUGAACGACAACAGGCCCGAGUUCAAAAACCAGAUCUACAACGGCUCUGUGGACGAAGGCUCCAAACCAGGAACGUAUGUGAUGCACCUGUCGGCGUUCGAUGCCGACGACAACACCACUGCGAACGGAAUGGUGCGCUAUCGAAUCCUGUCCCAGACGCCGCACAGCCCCAUCCCCAACAUGUUCACGAUCAACAGUGAGACGGGGGACAUCAUCACGGUGGCGCCCGGUCUUGACCGAGAGAAAGUGUCCCAGUAUACCAUCAUUGUGCAGGCCACAGACAUGGAAGGCAACCUGAACUUCGGCCUCUCCAACACGGCCACCGCCAUCAUCACUGUCACGGACAUCAACGACAACCCUCCCAUGCUGACCUCCAGAACUUUUUCAGGCGAGGUCCCAGAGAAUCGAGUGGGUGUCGUGGUGGCGAACCUGACGGUGGUGGACGCCGAUCAACCACACUCGCCGAACUGGAACGCAAUCUACAGAAUCAUCAGCGGAGACCCGUCUGGACACUUCACCAUCCGCACUGACCCUGUCACCAAUGAUGGCAUGGUCACCGUGGUUAAGCCUGUCGACUUUGAGAUGAACCGCGCCUUCAUGCUGACAGUGGUCGUCUCCAACCAGGCCCAUCUGGCCAGUGGCAUCCAGUCUUCGCUCCAGUCCACGGCGGGUGUCACCAUAUCCGUCCAGGACGUCAACGAACCCCCGUAUUUCCCCACGAAUCCAAAACACAUCCGCUUCGAGGAGGGCGUUCCUGCCGGCACCAGCCUGACGACCUUCUCCGCCUCAGAUCCUGACCGACUGCAGAUGCAGCAGAUAAUCAGGUAUGCAAAGCUGAACGACCCGGCUGACUGGUUGUCCAUCAACAGAACCAACGGUCAGAUAGUGACCACCGCAAUACUCGACCGGGAGUCCAUAUACGUCAAAAACAAUAUUUAUGAAGCCACGUUCCUGGCAACAGAUAAUGGCUUCCCUGCAGCCAGCGGCACAGGCACGUUGCAGAUCUAUCUCAUAGAUAUUAACGACAACCCUCCAGCGCUCUUACCCAAGGAGUCGCAGAUCUGCGAGCGGGUGAACAGAAACAUCAACGGUGUCAACAUCACCGCUGCCGAUGCCGACACCGAACCCAACGCUGGACCUUUCGUCUUCGAGCUCCCCAACUUCCCCGCCACCAUCCGACGCAACUGGACAAUCUCCCGGAUCAGUGGCAACUAUGCCCGACUGGGCUUGCGGUACCAGAUCUAUUUGGAGCCGGGGGUGUAUGAGGUCCCUGUGGUUGUGUCAGAUUCAGGGAACCCUCCACUGUCCAAUAAGUCAGUCAUCAAAGUGAAGGUGUGUCCCUGCGAUGAAAAUGGAGACUGCACCACUCUCGGUGCAGUCGCAGCCGCGGGCCUGGGAACUGGAGCCAUUAUCUCCAUCCUGAUCUGUAUCAUCAUACUGCUUUGCAUGGUGCUAUUGUUCGUGGUGUGGAUCAAGCGCAGAGAGAAGGAGAGGCAGACAAAGCAGCUGCUCAUCGACCCCGAGGACGAUGUCAGGGACAACAUCCUCAAAUACGAUGAAGAGGGAGGAGGAGAAGAGGACCAGGACUACGACCUCAGCCAGUUGCAGCAGCCCGACUCCUUGGAGCACAUCAUCAGCAAACCGCCUGGCGUGCGCAGGGUGGACGAGCGUCCCAUAAUCCCCGAGUCCCAGUAUCCAAUUAGACCUGUCGUUCCCCAUCCUGGAGACAUCGGGGACUUUAUCCAUGAGGGUCUGCGAGCGGCAGACAACGACCCCACUGCUCCUCCUUACGACUCCCUGCUGGUGUUUGACUACGAGGGCAGCGGCUCCACCGCCGGCUCCGUCAGCUCACUCAACUCCUCCAGCACAGGGGACCAGGACUAUGACUACCUCAAUGACUGGGGCCCGCGCUUCAAGAAGCUCGCCGACAUGUACGGCGGCGGGGAUGAGGACUAAAUCUGCCCGGUUACACACACUCUCUCUCUCACACACACACACACACACACACAAACACACGCACACACACACACGUACAUAAACACAAGCUUGUCCCGUCAGCUGGCCUGCCAUGCUCUAUCCCGCUUAUGUCCGGGGGCUACGACACCCUUAUUGAACACACGUUAACAAUGACUACUUCACACCGACCAACCGACCGACCGACCGAUCAAAUUAGUCACCACAGAGUCCACAGGUCACCUGCUCUAAGUCUGUCUUACACUGAAACAGAAGCCCUGAAUUUCAGGCGUCUCCUAGUUUGUAUUUUCAGGCUGUUUCAGUUUAGGGUUUAUGCUCAAUGUAAGUUCAAGUAACUUCCGUCUGAUUUGGUUUCUUUUAAGUUUUUGCAGCUUUUUUUUUUUUGCAGCUUUUUUUUCUGUCCUCACUCCCUUUUGAGUCGAGUCGAUUCCUAAGGGGUUUUCACUUCUCCCUCGCUGUCAGCCCCCGCCUGCCUCUCUGCAGAAGCUUUAGGUUGAGCUUCUUGCUUUGUCUGAGAGGAACAAAAGGAGAAAAGAAAAAAAAAACGGAACAACACAGAUAUGAAAGCCCUUCCUGCACGGAGGGCCCUGGUUUAUUCUUUCUUGAACUUGAAUUACUUAGAACAGAAGCACUGUUGUUUAAAAAGUGCCUUCAGUGGUGCGUAUCUUAGCAGACUCCCGCUAACUCAGGAUUGGUUGCCAUUGUCCGGGCUUACAUGCCCCCACAUGACCCCUGACCCUUUAACUCAGACCUUCCCUUGUCAUUUAUGUCAUUCUGCAGAGCUGCGGUAGCUGUGCGAGGUGUCGUCGGUGGGCUUCAGAGGAGCAUUGACUGGCUUAGCAGGGCGCUUUACGUAGACGUACUGUAUAUAGGCCGAGAGUGAGUCUGUAAGUUAUGGACAAAAUCAUUAUCUCUUCAAGUCGGGCUUAUGUGUGCUCCCAGGUCACAGCCAACCGGAAUGUGGUUUCUGAGAAUCACAAGAAAUACGCGACGGGACUGUGUCGAGAGAAGAAAUGCAUCGCGUGUCUUUGUUUGUCGUGGCUUCGAUAGCAGCUGUGUUUGUUUUGAGCGAUCAGUAUUUGCACAUAAAGGCUCGUUACUGGAUUUAAGGUGUAACGAGUGUGUUACCUCUAUUAUGUUACUGUAUAUGACGUUCAUAUGAGGGUGAUUCAAGGAGACUUUACCUUUGAAGAUCAUUGUAAAGCUGUAGUGCGUGACUUUGACAUGGAGUCUAUCAGCUCCACGCCACUCCCUCUGAGUUUCUCAACAUAGAGCGCUCAGCAACAUUCCUGCCCUGCACACAGGAAACAAUUUGUUUCAUGAGACAACAGCAACUCUUUGUGCCAGUGUAGCGAGACGGCUGCAGGCCGGAGUCUCACUGCAAACACAAACGUUCCGGGAGCGAUUGUUGUCGUUGAAGUAGUUUGACGGGAUGAAGACUUCUGUAUACACACGGAUGCUCCCUCAGUCGGGACUGAUAGUGUUGUUUUCAGAUGAUAGUCGCAAAAAUAAUGUUUUAACAUUGUUUCCGUCCGUGACCGAGACCAAACCGAGGCAGAAAGUCGCCAAAGGUUACGCACUGCAGCUUUAAGGUUUGCAUGUUUACUCCUGCGCCCGACGGUUAUUAACAUGGCACCAGUUAUUGUGUGGUGAAUGUGUCAAAGGGGAAAUAUUUAAUCUGUACAAACAAACGAGGGAAAACAAAACACUAGAUGAUGUUAAUAUCAUUGCACACAGAAUUGUGAGCUGCUCUGAGCCUCGUUUUGAGACCCUUCCUCUUUUGCUCUGUUUCUUUUUCUCUCUUUUUUCCCUUUUUGUUGACUCGCUGUUGUUUCUCCACCAACUUUUGUAACGUACAGAACUUCGGUGCCGGUCGUUGUCACGGAGAGGAGGGGAAAAUAAGCCUCAGCCAGGGAUUUAGCGCCUUCACAAUCUGUCUCUCUUCAGGCAGCAUUUCAUUCAUCGGAAAUUUUCUCCUGAAAUUUUUGGCUGCAAGUUGAAGAGGUUUUUAAAAAAGAAGUUAGACGGAAGGGGGGAAAAGUCUGUUAUGAAGUGCCGCACUUUAUCAGAGCAGACUGGAAAAACAGCUAAAGCUUCAGUAAUUGUGCUUUAAAGGACAGACGUUUAGAAGGACAGUUGUGUUUUGACUUAAUGAGGAAAAAAGCACCACUUCCGUGGGCUUUUUUUAAUCAUAUUUCAGGCUCCCAGGACGACACAUACACAGAGAACUGGAGGGGGGAAAAAGAGCUGUAGACUUUGUGUUAAAUUAUUUAAAUAUGCAAACCAUUUCAUGAAGGGACCAGGGAGAUGCUGUGAGUGAUAGAAUGAUUUAAUCAUUCCUGAUCUUCUGAGUGCCCAUUGAAAUACUUCACGGUGGUAGCCAGUUUCAUCUUGAUGUGGAUUGACCAGAUCUUCUAUUAAUUAUGAAUAUGAAUAUGAAUAAGUGGAGGAAAUGUGCAUAAUGAAAAUGUUCUUCAGAUGAUGUGAUGAGAGGAGUUCCCCCGCUCCCCCUCCUUUUGUAUCCCGCAGCUUUUCAACUGUUCCCCACCUGCGAGGGUUUCCGUUUAAACAAUCUGUAGUUUCCCCAUGUGCUGUACGUCGUCACACAAGUGGUCAAAAUGAGCCA